UGAAUGCUUUAGAAUAGACACACUGAACGUGCUAUAGUCCAAUGGACUUGUUCACAUGUCCCCCGCUUGAGUCCAUACAUGACUGUUUACAAUCCAAACGGUUUUUGGAGCAUGGGAUAUAUGAUUGUAACAUACUUGUACCUGGUCUCGUUACGUCAUGUUCGUUAUGUAUCUCAAACAUACUGCGGAGAGUUUAACGCCGAACGAUGGGUAAAUCCACUAAAUCAGACUGGUUAUUCACAUGAAGGAUUGCUCUAAAGGCACAAAAGAACGAAAAUGGGCAAGUAAGUGUUACAGUGACAAGCCUUGUCAUGGACCGCGGUCCAUUCAGCAAAUCUCGCAAACAUUCACGCAGCAAAUCAGCAUCCACCAAAUGGUUCGUCGACCUCAAAGACAAUCCAGCCGACCCAGACCCGACAUUUGGGCCGGACCUACCGAGACUGGAAGACGUUCUUGGAGACACCAUCACGGCACUCACAGCAAAGGAGAUGAAACGCCAGCUAGUGUUGAAUGAGCUGUUGCACACAGAAAGGUCUCAUGUCCGACAACUCAUGAUAUUAGACUUACUGUUUCACCAACCCAUGGUGGCUAAACGUAUCUGUCCUAUUCGACUGACACGGACCUUGUUUCCUAAUCUUGACGAGGUGAUACAUUUACACAGUCAGCUCAACAUGAAACUGCAGAGGCGCCGACUUGAAACACCCGUCAUACGCAGGAUAGCGGACAUUUUCUUGUGGAUGUUUGAUGGUGAAAAUGGACAGAAAUUCCGACAAGAAUGCGCCAAGUACUGCAGGAACCAGUUUCAAAUUAAAGACAUUUUGAAGGAACUCAGGACACAACAUGCUCCAUCAAAGUUUUUACUAGAGGCAGAAAGCUACACGCUUUGUCAGCACCGGAAACUGGAAGAAUUCUUGGCAGUAGAGUUUCAGCGGUUAACCAAAUACCCUCUACUGAUACAUUCACUCAAAGAUUGCACAAGAGAUGCAUGCGAGAAACGUCUUCUUGAAAAAGUCCACUUGAAAAGCAAGGAAGUAUUAGCAUACGUGGACCAGGCCGUGCACACCUGUGAGAAUGAUUACCGGCUGUCGUGUAUACAGAGGCAGAUCAACACGCACCACCCGGCAUACGAGGAACUUAAGGAGUUGGAUGUCAAUCAGCACAAACUUGUAUUGGACGGAGUUCUGUCGAUGAAGUUGCAGCCUAUGUGCAGUGUGGAGAUGCUCGUUGUGCUGCUGGAGGACGUGAUGUUACUGCUGCAAACCCAAGACGACACGAUGGCUCUCUGUCCAUUCACAAAAAUAUUAGCAACAGGCACUAAGGGAAAGUACCGCCCAAUCCUGAAGCUGGAGAACGUGCUUGCUAGAGGCUAUGCUUCUGACAAUACCAUCUUCUUUGUUAUCAAUGAUGAGGACGAUGGCGCGGCAAUGUACACGUUCGUUGUCCCUACACAGUCAGAGAGGGAUAGGUGGGUGAAGGACAUCAGUGACUGUGCAACGAAAGCGAGGGAGAGAAAGGGAAUGUCAGCUCCAGGACAACUUCCGUCCCGCAUUGGCUCAGUGGCAGCAGCCAUGGUACCACACCAUGAAGUGCACACGUCAGAUCCUGCUGUAGGAGACGUUGGCAAGGUCUUCACCUCCACAGACAUGGCACCAGCGAAAGACCAAAAGACGUCUCUCUUGGAGGAAACAAAUGAGUGCAAGACCGACGACGAACUUACAUUGGAAGUUGACACUGUGAUGGGCGGUAACCAUGACGACAACGAGAGCAGCAGCCUUUUUCUGAUAAAAGCAGCACAGGAAAUAAAUUCUCAGCUGAUGCAACUUGUGAUAAACUCAAACAGUAACCAGGCCCCAAUGGCAUCCCCAUCAUCCACUCCACAAACACCUCAUUCCAUUGAAGGACGUCCAACAAACUGUAUCUGCAACAUGACGGAGCAAGUGCGUGAAAUGACAGCACGGAUGACAACAAGUCUGUCACAGCUACAAGUGGUUGCACAGAGACAGCAGCAAGAAAACACAUGUCUGAGGAGAGAAAUACACAGACUACACUGUCUGGGAGCUUCUGAUUGUUCCGUGACAGUGUCUACAGCCUCAAGCUUGGAUACCGUGGAGUUCAGUCUUGACUCAACCGAAGAUGAUACAGGUGACGAUCAAAACGAGGAGGUACACGCCUGCUCUAAAGGAGUUACUGACAGCAGAAGUGUCACAGAGUUCAGGGUGCUUCAGGGUCGCCAUGAAAAGAAUGACCUGACAUAUCAGACCCGGACAUUAACCGACACCAGUGACAUCGAAGUAUCUUCUGAAGGGGCACAAGAACACCUCGGCAGGUUUUACCUUGGAGUCAGAUUGUGAUGAUCACAGAACAGUGUCCUUUUUUGUGUAACUAUUGUGAUAUGAUUCUUAUGUCCUAUUAUAUGUGCUAUAAUAUACACAGCCACUUGGAUUCUUAGUUGAUUUUGUCACACUGUAAAUCUGGCAAAACGGACCCAGGAAGAUGUUUUAGUGUUGACUCAACUAUUAUGAUCAUAUAUAAAAAUGAUAUCAGAAACUGACAAAUAAGUGGAAACAAGAAUGUCAUGUUAGCAUUGACUUGAUACACGUGAUCCAUAGAAGGUGUACUGCUGUGAUUUCGUUUUGGGAAUCAAAUAGAUCAGUUGAUUAAGCACAUUUAAGCAAGAUUCGUAUGAUCCUCUUUUACAAAUAUUGCCAAAAAAGAGCAUGCUUGACUGUACAUCAAAUAUUUAGAAAUGUAAACACCAAACGCAGCAACUGCUGGAGUGUAACUCCGCACUGAUGAAUGGAUUACUUAUAGAUCGAUAAUAUAAACUGUCAACGCCAGAAAUCAACCAGUCUCGAUUAGUACUUCGACAUGAUCAUGCUAUUUUAGUGUGGCACCUGACAUCUUGAUAUUACAGAGCCACCAAUGUCCCGACUGACUGAUCACGUACACAUAAGUUCGUCAUAUAUAUAAAUCUUCUCUGAGACACCAUAUAUUUCCCGACAGAUAAUCACAACCGGACAGAAUAUUCCAUCAAACCUGAUCAUGAUUUUGUUUCCAUUUAAAUUCCUCUUUUGGGAAAACUGUUUCAUGCUGACAACAUCUCUUUUUGGCUUAAUGAGCUUUACAUGAACGGAUUGCUGAUAAGGUUGAUGGCCAAAGGUGCAUCUUCGAAUUAAAAUCGUCAGUUACUUUCAUCUUGAGGUCAAAGGGAGACCACUCUAUGUGAUGAAUGGGAGAAAACUCAACCGCGCUCUGCAUCAAAGUUUUCGUUGGUGGUCAAAGGGAGACAACUCAACCUUGCCCCAUUUGUGUUUAUGGUCAAAGGGAGACAACUCAAUCAAACAGCGUCGCGUUUUCGUUUGUGGUUGAAGGGAGAUAACUCAAUCGAACUUAUAGUAUCAACGUUGUCGUUGGUGGUCAAAGGGAGACAACUCAAAAGAAUUCAUGUCAAUAUUUCGUUCACACUCCGGCACAGCGACGGCUUGCCGCAUGGAACUCUGGGUAGGAGAGUGACCGUGUCUAUCAUUAAACUUUACACAUAGUUGGCACAUGAAGUUGGGGAAGGAUGGACUGGUUCCAGAUUCUUUAUGCGACAGAAAUAGCAACCACACCAGGCGGGACACACUCCGGCGCAGUGAUGACUUAUAACAUAGCAUAACAUGGUCGCAUGGAGCUCUGGGUGGAGAGUUCAAUCGGGAUUAUCUGGGGCUAUCUGGUGACCAGUCUACAGAAAAUGACUCCUUUAGUCUCGUUCACGUUCGAUUCUGCCACGGACAUAAGUGCCGUGUUAAGUCACGCACGAACCUCUUUGUGCCGCUGCACUAAUCGGCCGUAAAGAAAAAAUGAACGAGAACAAACGUCUAAAUACGUGCGCAACAUCAAAAGGAGUUCAUGGGAACCAGACAGAAAUCAAAUGUUGUGGCCCUUGUACAAAGCUUCAUGCAGUGUUCCAGUCAAAGGGAGAUAACUAAAAUUUCAAAUUGUUACCUCUCUUGCACGAAGGUCGGAACAGUGAAAGAAUUUCAAAAAGGACAUGCGUGCGCAAUACGUCUCAAUUUUAUUCAAACAAGGGACGGUACUCUAGUCAACAAAUUAUCCUGUCGUCGAAUGAGUUCUCUCCCUUAGACCAUACCUCAAACGAGUUCUGCCGGACGUUUGGUUCAGUUCUCUCCCUUUGACCAUUACUUUGAAAUUGAUACGCUUUUGAGUUGAUUGAGUUGUCUCCCUUUGAGCACAAACCCAAAACAUUGAUACUCUCGAUAGUCUCCUCUCCGAAACUAAAUAUACGUGGUUCCGCAUCCUUCAUCAGUUCCUGACGAGCUUUGAGGGCGAAAAGGGACCAGCUUCAUUACAGUGAGGCAAAUUCUAUCUUCCUCGAUAUUGUUCCAUUGUCAAAAACGAAGAAAUGCAUGAAAUCGAAACUUCCCAGUCAGAAUAUAAUACAAUUGUGUCUUGAAGCAAAGUAUGCAGUUUAUCAAUCCUCGUGAACAUUAAUAAACGUAAUUAGCAGGUUAGUUUUAGGACGGAUAAUCUACAAAUAAAUAUUUAUUAACGUAUAUUUAUAUUUUAUUGGCCAUAAUAUUAGCUUUAAUGAUAACAAAGGAUAUAAAGAUACCAGGAUUUAAGAAGAGAAGCAAUGAAUACAUUCUGGCUAAACUUGCAGGUAACAUUACACUUAAAUGUACUGAAAGCAUGUCUCCAAAAUUGCAAGAAAUGUUUUGAAAAGGCAAAAAGUUAUGUCUUAAAAUAUUGUUUGAAAAGUGUAUCAUAAAUUUUAGAACGAUAUGCCCAUGCCCAGUUUAACCAAUUGAUAAUUUUCACUCAAAAAAUAAUAAAAAGGGAAGUACAAUAUUGUAUGAGACUUUACUCAACCAAUGUUUUACAAGAGCAUAUACUCAUAAAAAAAGGGAACUGUUUCUCAUAAAAAAAAGCAUGGGAAAUUUUCAAUUUCAUGUCAUAAAGAUGCAUAAGAAAUAAUCUUAGAUGGUUUCAAAAUAUAAUUGUUCAUAUUAUCUUCACAUCAAAGAGCUUUUUACACAAAAACCAUAGCUUAUUCAUCACAGCAGAGUCCUCUACCAGCUGGUCAUCACUCAAAACACUCUUUAAAGAUAUUUAUGUUUAGCAUGUUCUACAUGUACAUACCAUCCAAAGUUGAUUAAUACCAUGAAAAACUGACUGGGUCUACAGAGGUAUAAAAUAUUGAGGACACGAAGCUCGAAACAUGUAUCAACAUACCUGACAUACUGAUUGUAUAUUAAAAAAACAUGUUGUUUAUGGUGAAAAAAUGUUAAAAAUGGAAAAGUACACAAUGUAAUACAGAACUGAUAAAUACCUUAAAUAUACCCAUGACCAUUCAGAACAGGAGAGUAAAUAUUAGUGAAGUGUACUGUGUGUCUUCAGCCAGUCCUGAAUUAGAAUUCAAGUAUCUAUUAUGCCACUAAUAUUUUUUAGCAUGCUUCAGUAACUUUAAUUGUAAAAGAUAAUGUUCCUAUAUUAGAUUUCCUCAUCUGUUAUGUCCUGAUGCCAUGGUCAGAUUCUACUGAAGUAUUAUGAAGCAGAAGUGACAAUAUUCAGCAAUCUUGAACUAACACCCCCCUGAUUCUCCACAAUAACAGUGGACAAUCAGUAACAAGUCUGGCUGAAAACAAUUAUCAACUGUUUCUCGUUUAACAAAUGUAUGACUGCUAAGAUUUGUUCAUAGUUUGGGCAAUAUCAUCAGAAAAUGAAAAUAUUUUUAUAACAUUAUGUUCUUUACACUGUACUUAUGUCAAAAUACUAAGUCAAAUUAAUGUUGUCUUUCACCCAUUUCUGCUAUUAAGCGUUCUUAUACUAUUCUUCAUGAUGUGCCAUGAUGUUUUAUUGCCAGAUAAACUGUUUGAUUUGAUUGACUACUAGUGUAUUGAUACGAACACUCAUGACAGUUGACCAUUACUCAGACAUAACAAUUAAAACAUACUUUUUGUAAACACCUGGGCAU